AUGGCAACACUAAUCGAUGGAAAAAAAAUAGCGCAACAAAUUUGUACGGAAAUCGAAGAAAACAUAAAAAAUCUUAAACAGAAACAUUCCGAUUUUAACUCAAAAUUGGCCAUUAUUCAAGUCGGUAACAGAAGUGAUUCAAAUGUUUAUAUUAAAAAUAAACUUAAAAAAGCUAGAGAAGUAGGUAUGGAAACUGAACUGUUCAAACUUAAUGAGGAGAUCGACCAAGAGGAACUUGCCAGUGUUAUUGAGAAACUAAACAACGAUAAAAAUAUUGAUGGAAUGAUUUUGCAAUUGCCACUCGAUUGCAAAAAUGCAAUUGAUGCGGAUGAAAUUCUUGAAAAAAUCGCUAAAAUCAAAGAUUCUGAUGGGUUAACACGAGAAAAUGCCGGACAUCUUGCGCGUGGUGAAUUUGAUAAGAUUAAUGCACCCUGUACCCCUCGUGCAUGUCUUCAUAUUAUUCAAGCAAUCACUGGUGAUCAAGAUUAUGUGAAAGGAAAACGGGUUGUUGUCGUUGGUCGUUCAAAAAUAGUCGGCUUACCAGCAGCUGCUUUAUUUAUGUGGCAUGAUGCAACUGUAACUAUUUGCCAUUCACAAACAAAGAAUCUCAAAGAUGAAUGCCUUGCUGCAGAGAUUCUUAUUGUGGCCAUCGGAAAGCCUAAUUUUAUUAAAGGUGAUUGGAUAAAACCUGGUGCUAUUGUCAUCGAUUGCGGUAUUAAUGUUGAGUACAGCAGUAAUGAACGAAAAAUUUGCGGAGAUGUUGAUUUCGAUGAAGCCAGGAAGAUUGCAGGUAUGAUAACUCCAGUACCAGGUGGUGUUGGCCCCGUCACAGUCGCAAUGCUCUUAAAAAAUACUUUUGAUUUAGCAGUUAAAAGACGACUCAAAGAGAAUAAAAUAGUGACAUGGAAAAUACAAUAUCUUAAACUUAAUCCAAUUACACCGGUACCUUCAGAUAUCGAAAUUUCAAGGAAUCAAAAACCGAAAAAAAUCACCCAAUUAGCAAACGAAAUUGGAAUUCUUUCGGACGAAUUAGAUCUUUAUGGUGAUAUAAAGGCGAAGAUUUCACUUCGUAUACUGAAACGCCUACAGUCGCAACGUAAUGGGAAGUAUGUACUCAUAUCAGCAAUUACUCCAACACCCUUUGGCGAAGGCAAAAGUACAACAGUGCUCGGUUUAGUGCAAGCGCUUUGUGUGCAAUUAAACCUAAAUGCGAUUGCCACCUUACGACAACCUUCACAAGGACCAACGUUUGGAAUUAAAGGAGGUGCAGCAGGUGGUGGAUAUUCCCAGGUGAUUCCCAUGGAAGAAUUUAAUUUACAUCUUACUGGUGAUAUACAUGCGAUAACUGCAGCUAAUAAUCUGUUGGCUGCUGCAAUUGAUGCUCGAAUAUUUCAUGAAUCCACUCAAAAUGAUGAAGCAUUAUUCAACCGAUUAGUACCUGUUGAUAAAAGCGGAAGAAGAAAACUAUCUGCAAUACAGUUAAAGCGUCUGGAUAAAAUUGGAAUCUCUCUUGUCGAUGAUGCUAAUGAAUUAUCUUCUGAAGAUCGUCUUCGAUUUUCUCGACUUAAUAUUGAUCCUAACUCAAUAACAUUGAAUCGAGUCAUAGAUACUAAUGAUAGAUUUUUACGAGCUGUCGAAAUUGGUCGUGGUCCAUUAGAGAAAGGACACACUCGCAUCGGUCGCUUCGAUAUUACUGUGGCUAGCGAGCUCAUGGCGAUCUUGGCCAUCACGACAGAUUUGAAAGAUAUGCAUGAAAGAAUCGGUAAAAUUGUUGUUGCUAAUGAUAUCAACGGAAUGCCCGUAACAGUUGAUGAUCUUGGUGUUACUGGUGCCCUUACUGUUUUAAUGAAAGAUGCGAUAUAUCCUACAUUAAUGCAGAGCUUGGAAGGCACACCUGUUCUUGUUCAUGCUGGACCAUUUGCAAAUAUUGCUCACGGACAAAGUUCGAUAAUUGCUGACAUGAUUGCUUUAAAGCUGGUUGGAAAUGAUGGUUACGUCGUAACAGAAGCGGGAUUCGGAGCUGAUAUUGGUAUGGAAAAAUUCUUUGAUAUCAAAUGCCGAUAUUCGGGCUUAACUCCAAAUGCAGUUGUCAUAGUAGCAACUAUACGAGCUCUUAAAUUGCAUGGUGGUGGGCCACCAGUUAUACCAGGUUCACAUCUGAAAACAGAAUAUCUUAAAGAAAAUUUAAAACUUUUGGAGGCCGGUUGCGAUUCCAAUUUAUGCAAGCAGGUGGAGAACGCUUUGAAAUUUGGAGUGCCAGUAGUUGUAUGCGUUAAUAGAUUUUCUUCAGAUACAAAAAAUGAACUCAAUUUGGUUGUUUCUAAAGCGAUGGGUUAUGGCGCUUGCAAGGCAGUAGUUUCCGACCACUGGACUCUUGGAAGUACUGGAGCAAUCGAUUUGGCUCAUGCAGUAGUUGCAGCUUGUUCUUUACCGUCGAAAUUCAAAUUUCUUUAUGGUCUGAAUGAUAGAUUAGAAUCAAAGAUAUCCAAAAUUGCUCAGGAAAUUUAUGGUUCCAGCGGCUUAGAUAUCCAUCCGAAAGCGAAAGAAAAGCUCAAUUUGUAUGAGAAGCAAGGAUUCGGGCAUUUACCAGUUUGUAUGGCUAAGACACAUUUAUCACUCUCGCAUGACCCAUCAUUGACAGGAGCCCCUCGAGGAUUUAUUUUGCCAAUUUGUGAUGUGCGUCUAUCAGCUGGAGCUGGAUUUGUCUACCCAUUAUGUGGUGAAAUACAAACAAUGCCAGGGCUACCAACAAGACCUUGCUUCUAUGAUAUUAGUAUUGAUCCUGUUUCUGGAAGAAUUGAUGGUUUAUUCUGA